ACCAACUCAAAGUCUUCCAUUCUCAAUUCUUAUAUCGUUUUCAAAUUAAAAGAAUUUGAUAAAUGGAAAACGUGGGUUUCUCGUUAAUUGGAAUUUGGAAGUCCUCUGUACUCAGUCACGUACAAUCUGUCAAUUUGGAACAUCUCCUCAAUUAAAUAUGCAUUUUUUUUGGGGAAAAAAAGAAAGACUUUUGAUUGUUCUUAGAAGAAAAAUUAAACAAAAAAUUCACUCAAAUUCAUCUCAUCACUCUCUACUCAGUAACGAAUAUGUCACCUACCCUUCUUCUUUCAUUGAAUAUUAUUAGCAACAAUAGUACAAUACUUGUAAAUUCCCUUCAUUUUCCCUUUCUUGGUCAACCCAUUUUCAGUUUUCUCUCUCCGCCAUUUUCACAAACACCUUGCAGGCAUCCAUUGAAGGAGAGGAGAGAGAAAGAUUAUUUGAUCAGCCAUGUCUGAUUUAGUUACUGAAAUUUGGAAAAAGUAUCUUUUGCAACUUCAAAUCAAUCCUCUUAGAACAAAGGCAAUUACUGCUGGAGUUCUUGCUGGGUGUAGUGAUUUUGCUGCCCAGAAAAUUUCUGGGGUUAAAAAGUUUCAGUUUAAAAGAUUAUUUCUUCUUAUGAUAUAUGGGUUCUUAUAUUCUGGACCAUUUGGGCAUUUUUUGCACAAAGUAAUGGACAAGAUUUUUAAAGGAAAGAAAGGAAACACAACAGUUGGACAGAAAGUUAUACUGGAACAGUUGACAGCUAGUCCAUGGAACAACUUCUUUUUCAUGAUGUAUUAUGGUCUUGUGGUUGAAGGAAGAUCAUGGUCACUAGUCAAAAGCAAGGUCAAGAAAGACUACCCUACUAUACAGUUAACUUCUUGGAAGUUUUGGCCAAUAAUAAACUGGGUGAACUACCAGUAUAUGCCUUUGCAACUUCGUGUUCUGUUUCACAGCCUCGUCGCCUCGUGCUGGGCAAUCUUCCUAAAUCUAAAAGCAAGAUCUAGUGCCAUUAAGAAGGACUAGAUAAUAGUACAUGAAGAAGUCUCAUCUUUUCCAUCCUCAUUCAGUCAUUCUCAUCCUCAUCAUUUGAAAGUCGGACAUCAAUUGACGAUUGGAUGUUUCUAUUGUGAUCAUAAUAAAGAUGAUCGUGGAAGUCUAAUGGAUCAUAAUGUUUCUGGGUCCACAUUUUGAAACCUAAAAUUAUUUUGGACCACUAGAUUUCCAUGGUCAUAUUUAUUUAUGACCAUAGAAUUUUCAUUGGUUGGAGUGGGACUCCCGUUUCUUUUCAAGAGCUUCCGCUUCUUUUUAUGUGAUUUUUUUAAACUUUUGGAUAAAAUGAUACGAUUGGGGAGAUUCAAAAAAUAUAGUUAAUAUUAUUUCUCUCUUUUCUUUUGAGUUAUUAAUAUAUAAACCUGUGUAAUAAUACUAUAUUAUUAAGAUAAAAAUAUCAAAUGGCGCUAAUAUAUAUUAUAUGCACAGUUUAUAUAUUUUGAA